AGUGUGUGGUGGUGGCUGAAGCUGUGUGUGUGUGAGUGUGUGGUGUGUGUGUGUCCCCCUCCUCUCUCUCGCUCUCUGUGUGGAGGGGCUGGAGCGGGCCGCAGUGACGGGGGAUCUGAGGCUGUCUGAUUAAGAGGAGGAAUCCAAAAGAACCCACCGAGAGUCUGAUCUUUACAACAGCAAAACCUCCCUUUCCAUGCCAUCCUGUUUCUCAGAUAACGGGAAAACUGGUGUUUUGGUUUGUGCCCUUGUGCUAAAUCCCAAGACUUGAAGUUGAAACCAUGUGAGGGGUUCUUCCCCCACCCCCGUGCUUCCCUUGACUCCAUUGUGGGCAAAUUGCUGCUAAGCCCGUGGUGUGAGCCACCAUGAUGUUCCGGGACCAAGUGGGCAUCCUCGCUGGCUGGUUCAAAGGCUGGAAUGAAUGUGAGCAGACAGUGGCCCUGCUGUCCCUCCUAAAGCGUAUCUCUCGCACCCAAGCCCGCUUUCUGCAGCUGUGCCUGGAGCACUCGCUGGCAGACUGCUCCGAAAUCCACAUUCUGGAGUCUGAGGCCAACAGCGCAGCUGUCAUCAGUCAGUGGCAUCAAGAGCCGAAGGACAAAGUCGUCUCCCUGCUUCUAGCCCACCUGCCCCUUCUCCAGCCUGGCAAUGCUGACGCCAAGUCGGAGUACAUGAAGCUCUUGCAGAAGGUGCUGGCUUACUCCAUCGAGAGCAACCUCUUCAUAGAGGAGAGCAGGCAGCUCCUCUCCUAUGCCCUCAUCCACCCAGCUACCACGCUGGACGACCGCAACUCCCUGGCCCUUUGGCUCAACCACCUCGAGGAACGUCUCUCCAGCGGCUACUCCAGCCAAGGCAGGGGGCGACCUGACACGGCCUACCACUCACGCCAAGGCUCGGAUGAAUGGCAAAGUCCAGUAGACACGGGCCUGGGAGACCUGGGACAUGGCUGGCAAGAGAAGCCACCACGGGAAAAUGGACACAUGUCCUUCCACUCUUCUGGCUCGGUGCCAUCAGCUAUCAACAGUAUCGGGAGCAAUGCAAACACAGCUCUCCCCUGCCAAAUCCACCCCAGCCCGCUGAAGCGCUCCAUGUCCCUCAUCCCCACCAGCCAGCAGGUCCCCAGCGAGUGGCUGAGUGUGGAAGAGAUUGGUGCCCGACCAGCCUUCAUCUCCAGCGGAGAACAUGCACCCCUCUCCCCGCAGAGCAGUGUGGCCUCUUCGGGCAGUGAGCAGACGGAGGAGCAGUCUGGCAGUCGCAACACCUUCCAGGAGGACGGCAGCGGCAUGAAAGAUGUUCCCUCUUGGCUGAAGAGCCUUCGCCUCCACAAAUAUGCAGCCCUCUUCUCCCAAAUGACUUAUGAAGAGAUGAUGACCCUCACAGAGCAGCAUCUGGAAUCACAGAACGUAACCAAAGGAGCAAGGCACAAAAUUGCCUUAAGUAUCCAGAAGCUGCGGGAAAGGCAGAGUGUCCUGAAGUCUCUGGAGAAGGACAUCCUGGAAGGCGGGAACUUGUGGAAUGCUCUCCAGGAACUGCAGCAGAUCAUCAUCACACCCAUCAAAGCCUUCCACACCCUGCAGGCCACAGCAGCAUCCAAGGAGGGCCAGCAGCUGGCAGCUGAGCAGCGCGGAGCUCCCAAGCUGGGCCUGGAGAAAAGCAGCAACAGCGCCGAGGGCAAGGAGCCAACCACGGACAACUUUCCCCCGCCAAGUGGCUCACCGUGCGAUGGGGAGUCAGGGGCAGCUCCUAUUGCUGAAGGGGACAUCGCAGGGCAGUUCACCCGGGUGAUGGGCAAAGUCUGUACGCAGUUGCUGGUAUCCCGACCGGAUGAGGAGAACAUUACUAGUUACCUCCAACUGAUAGAGAAGUGCCUGAUGCACGAGGCCUUCACAGAGACGCAGAAGAAGCGGCUCUUGUCUUGGAAGCAGCAGGUGCUGAAGUUGCUCCGGACGUUUCCAAGGAAGGCCAUACUGGACAUGCAAGGCUACCGGCCACAGAAAGGGUGGGCCUUUGGUUCCAACUCUCUCCCCAUAGCUGGAUCUGUGGGGGUGGGGGUGGCACGCAGAGGACAGCGGCAGUUCCAGAUGCCCCCCCGCGCCAUCCCCCCAAGCCGCCUGGGGAUACUGAAUCCUGCAGGGAUUGGCGGAGUCUCCCCUCGGCAUGCUCUUGCCAGCCCAAAUCUGGGGAGCCAAGGACGGCAGAACCUGUGGUUUGCCAAUCCUGGGGGCAGCAACAGCAUGCCUGGCCAGAGCCGCAGUUCAGUGCAGCGGACCCAUUCGCUCCCCGUCCACACAUCCCCUCAGGCCAUCCUUAUGUUCCCACAGGAUUGCCAGCUCCCCGGAACAGAUCUGGAGAUCAACCCAACGCUGGAGUCGUUGUGCCUCAGCAUGACGGAGCAUGCGCUGGGCGAUGGCACCGACAAAACUUCCACCAUUUGAAAGGAGCUGAUCUGCUAGUGGUUCCUGAGAAGCUUAGGGUGGCUGUUUAUUUUUCCCCCCUUUUUUGUUAUAACUCCCUUUUCCCCCAGGGGUGUGUUGCUGUGGGGUAGGUGGGGGGUGAAUCACUUUUUGCCCUUCCCCUUGGAGCCUCUUUCAGCAUUCCCUAGCAGCUGGAGGAAUGGGGGAGAAAAAGCUGUCACUACAAUCUUACCAUCUUAUUGUGUUCUAAUAUUUUUCUACUUUUUAUUAUUAUUAUAACUUCAGCUAUUGGUUUAAUAUUUUGAUGUACAUGGGAGUUGGCGGAGUCUCCCAGAAGUUUAACUUUGCAAAGGCAGAAGGAGGCUGAGUUUGGGCCGUGUUAUUCCCUUUCCUGUUUGUUUUCCCCACCCGUCUCUAAACACACAGACACCCCCCCCAACCACCUUUCCCUUUCCUCAUCCUUUCCUGGAAAUGUAAGGAAGGAAUGAGGAACUCUCACCAAGGGGAUAAGCAGAAGAAGGGCCUGCCCCACCUCAGGAGACUUGGGGCUGACAUCAAAGCGUCCAUCAGCACCAGGACAGAGAGGGAUUGCAGGGUUCGCUGGGCGAGCUGGUUCUGUCUGAGCUAACUCAGCUGCUCACUCUCUGUACCUGGCAUUGGAGGAGAGGCAGGAGGGGAGAGGCGAGGAUGCCAACGCGUUAUUUAAAAUGCCUCUGAUACUUUCUCCUACCGAAAGCAGUUGGCAAGGGCUGGGAUAAGGGGGCCGGGGGCACUGCACGUGUGUGAGUGUCCAGCACUAAAUUUGCAGACUUGUUCCUGAUUCAAUUCUUUUAAAUGACGCAAUCUCCAUGUGCUACCCCUUGGCGGAACUGGACGGGAGAAGCAGAUGGGGAUUGAGGAGAGACCUCCUGGCCACUUCCCCACCCCCCACCCCCAAAGGGAUGAGAAUGGUAUGGCCUGUGUGGGAUUUUUAACUCCUUAAGUUGUUGCCUCCUGGGAAGAGUGGCUUGGGGGUGGGGGUGGGGGUGGGGGUAUCAACCUAGUUUUGUUGAAGCAGUUCACAUGGGUUUGGGGAUCAGUCAGCAGUUUUGGGGUUCAGGAGCAAAGUUCUCUUCUCAGUUGAGGUGUUUUGGGUUCCUGGUACAGGUGCAAGGUUCUUUCCCCCCUGAUAAAUGGCGAAAUGGGGAUCAGCAGACAGGUGUAGGAUAAGCAUUUUGAUGGUGGGUCUUGAAAGCUCAGUCAUGAAUUCUCUGUAGCUCUUUCGGGGUUUGGGGGCACAGUUACCUGUCUUCCUUGAGAUGGGGGUGUUUGGGCAGGCUGGCCAUAGUAAAACCCUGCUUCCCAUUGGAUGAGGGGCUCCCCCAGUUCUGUGGUCAUUUCCUGGUGCUUGUCAGUGACGGGGCUGAGAGGGGCAGCAUCCUCGAGCGCGUGGGCUUUGUGGUGCUAAUGAAUUCGCAGGAGCAAGUUGGUCUAGUGGGUAAGAGGAAUCUAAUGGGUUGGCCCUGGGAGACAAGGUGGACCAAGGAACCAAGACCAUCACCCUUAACAGGGGUGGGUGGGAUCCCUAGGUGUGAAUCCAAAUGGGAUUAGAAGACCUGGGGGGGAAGGGGAGGGGGUACGUCCUUGCUUCUGUGUGCUUGCAUCUACAUGAACACUACAGUUGGUUGAGGGGGUGGGGAGUGUUGGGCCCCCUCUAGAACGCAUGAUUCAUGCAUCUCUUCCCCCCCCCACACACACACACACAACAAGCCUGGAACCGGCAUCUGGAUUAGUGCUCUGCAUCUCCUUCUGGGGUUUGUGUAACUCUCUUGUUGCAGAAAUGGGGAGGAGGAAAUUGCUGCAGCACCACCCUAAAAACGAGGCCGUCCCAGGAAAUGCACGGGGAGUUGUUGUUUUUAGAAACACCCAGGCAAUGCCUUUCUACGCCAGGGCAGUGCAAGCAGGGUGAAACGCCAAAGCGUUUAGAUCCGGCAUCAGUGCUGGUGCCGAGGAUUCUCUGUGGAGUUCAUAGAGGUGGCAAACGGGGGCGUGGAAGCUGGUCAGUUCAGCGUUUUGUGGCAUGGGGGCAGUGGGGGGCGUAGGUGGAGAGGGGCUUUCUGCGUCUCCUGCCUGAUUCUACUGAGCCUGUGUGCGUGUGCGUGUGCGCACGCUUGCUUGUGCAUGUGAGUGCUCUUCCCCAGCCACUGUCUUCACACGAUGGGCAAGCCCCUGCCUCCUCCACUCCAGCUGACCUUGGCAGGUUCUUAGGUGCAGAAGAACUCUCAUCAGCCUCCUCCUUCUCUCCCGCCCUCAAGAACUGUUUUAAAUAUAAAGGCCUUUUCCCAAAGUGUAUACUGAACAGUAGCGUACAAAAAAACGAAAACAAAUCCCCCAACAACCCCAACCCAGAAAAGCAGACCUGAGAGAACUAUUUCUAAAAAGUAGAGAGACAAGGUUCCUGUUUCAGAUAGAAAUGUUAUUUUAGAUACAUUUUAUUAUGAAUAACUUUUGUUAUGACUAUGGCUGGUAACCAUGAAUACGUUAUUUAAAAAAAAAAAACACCACAAAACAUUUUACAAAAAAAAAAAAAAAAAUCCAAAUUCUGACUUUAGAUUGCUUUGUUGGACUCCUUUGCUGCUUUUUUCCCUUCCAGUUUUUGCUUUGUAAAAGGCAUACAGAAUUUAAGUAUUAGCCCUUUUUUUAUUAACCUCUAUGAUAAAGCUGUGCUUAUUUUGUAUUAA